AUGGUCCUCUUAACAAUGCUGGUCCUGAUGAGCUUGGCGUUUGGUGAGUUUGAACGUUAUGAUCAAGAACCCCUUCAUCAGAUUCAUUUAAACAAAUACCUAAGCUGCUAUCGAUGCCUCUUGGAGACCAAGGAGGUGGGAUGCCUUCUGGGAUCUGACAUCUGCCUCGCCCCAAAGGGCAGCAGCUUCAUGACUCUGCUCAUAAAGAGCAACAGUGGUUCGGAGAUCGUGGUGAGUGACUGCCGCAGCAAGGAGCAGAUGAGUGAUCGCUCGUACACCCACACUCCUCCAGUGCUGGGCUUCUAG